GAAAGAGAUAAAAAGGAAUUAGUGCUAAAGGAAUUAUGGGAUUACUUAAACAGGUUUGAUAAAGAUAAAGCAGAUAGAUUACUAAAGCAUUCCAGAUGGGAUAUGGAUAUUAAACUAAAGGAAGGAGCAGAAUUACCUAAAAUGUGUCUAGUAUAUCCUCUAACUCCUGUAGAACAAGAAGCAGUAGAGGAAUUUAUACAAGAAAACCUAAAGAAAGGAUACAUUAGAGAGAGUCAUUCUAAAAUUGUAUCACUAGUAUUCUUUGUAGGCAAAAAGGAUUCAGGAGCAAGGAUGGUUAUAGACUACAGGAAAUUAAAUCAGAUUACAGAACCUAAUCCAUUUCCUAUACCCAUAAUGCACACACUACUAGACUAUUUAAAGGAAGCAAAAUGGUUUACAACUCUUGACCUUAAAAGUGGAUACAAUAACAUUAGGAUAAAACAAGGACAAGAAUACUUACAAGCCUUUAGAACACAUAAAGGAUUAUAUGAACCACUAGUAAUGUAA